UGCGUCCAUGGUGGCAAAAAAUGGCAGCUGUAGGGAAUUCUGGCGACGAAAACACGCCAGAAAUCGACGAAAAUGUCGAGGAAAAAUUCAGCUUUUCGGCCCACGAGGACAUAUACGAGGUAGAGAGGAUCCUUGGUGUGACAAAACACGAGGGGAAGCCUCUCUACAGAGUUCGUUGGCAAGGUUACGGGCCGGAGGAAGACACUUGGGAGCCGAGAGAGAAUCUACUGACAUGUGAAGACCUCGUGGAGGAAUUCAUCGAGAAUCAGAAACAACGCAAACAGAAGAUCAACCAGACUCUCGCCAAGAAAGAUAAGAAACCUUCGAAGAAACGAACCCCGCCCAAGCAACCAGCCACAGAUGGACCACCCAAGAGAAGACGUUCCUCAGAGAAGGAGGCCUCAGAUGAUAAUGAGGCCACGCCCUCCCCGACGAAUCCAGAGGAGGAGGGUAAAUCGCCCACUGCCUCCUUGAGCACAGAGGAGGGACCCCCGCCUCUCAAGGACCCCUUCUGGGACAACCUGGAGAAGGGUCUCAUCACCUUUGAAGGAGACAUGUACUCCAAGGUGAAAAGCAGAAGAGCAAUUCUGGAUGCGAAGAAGGCCAACAGUACCUCCCCGGAGGCGGAGUGCAAAUCUUCAGAGAGACCGGUGAGGGCAGUUUCCAGGGUGAGCAGCGUUAUUAGUGAGGAUGAUGAAGAGGAGGAGCAGAUGGAGGUGUCGCCAGGAUGCGAGGAGUCGCCAGGAUGCGAGGAGAGUAAGACAGACGUCUUGAAGGAUGAGAUGUUCCUGGGAGACGAGGGGAAUCAGGCGGAGGACAUGUACUCCAAGGUGAAGAGUCGACGGGCGUUCCUGGACGCCAAAAAGCAUGAGGACGCCAAGCAGGAAGAGGAGAAGAGACGCAGCAAGGAGGCCAAGAAAGCCGCCAAGAAGGAGCACAAGAGCCAUCGCCAUCAUCAUCAUCAUCAUCACCACCACCAUCAUCAUCACAAGAAAUCCAAAAAGGACGGUUCGAGAAGACCCAAGGUCUUGAUCGACCUGGAGGCGAUCGGAUCCCUCGAGACCGCCACUCAGAAAACUCUCAGCAUGAGCCCCUCGGUGUUGGAGAGGGAGACCAAUGCCGCAAAUCUGUUUCACACGCCGGACACCUUCUUGCCCGUUGAGGAGGUGCUGACCGUGGCCAAGCUGGAGGAGAAGACUAGGAACAGAGAAUACGGGAGACAGAUGUCUGGCCAGUCGACAGAGGAAGAAGAGGAACGAGUGUUACCGAUGGCAAUUGAGACUGACAGAAGAACAUCAUUGACAUCAUCGCCUGAUCAAUCAGUAAGUUGGUGGGAUUUGAAACUUUGCAUGGUGUGA